ACAAUGCUUUCAUUUUAUUCUAUAUAAACAACUUUCUUUAAUGCUAAACCUACCAACCUUAACCAUCUAAGUUCAGUGAGAUUCACAAAGCUAUCCUAUCUAUCUUCAAAAAAUCUUUAGUCUCUUAAGUUUACCAUUGUAAGAUUAAGGAACUAUUAUCAAUGGCUGUUUCAUCUUAUCAAUCUAUCAUGUCAAGCUCCAUGACCAGCAUUUCUAGCAGGUCUAGAGUUAACCAAUUUAGCAACAUCCCUUCUGUCUACAUGCCAAACAUGAGAAGGAAUGCUAGCUUCAAAGUUCGAUCUAUGGCUGAGGAAGAGCAGAAAGAGCAACCAAAGGUUCCUGUAGACCCAAUUACACCAACACCAACACCAGUUACACCACCACCAAAACCAACCUAUACUCGUUCACCAAAGAUAAGCACAAAAUUUUCGGACUUGAUGGCUUUUGGUGGGCCAGCACCUGAAAGGAUCAAUGGAAGAUUGGCUAUGAUUGGUUUUGUAGCUGCAAUGGGGGUGGAGAUAGCAAAAGGACAGGGUUUGUUUGAACAAAUAUCUGGUGGUGGAGUUCCAUGGUUCUUGGGAACAAGUGUGGUGUUGUCACUUGCUUCAUUGAUUCCAUUUUUUCAAGGUGUUAGUGUUGAAUCUAAGUCAAAAGGUGUCAUGUCUUCAGAUGCAGAGUUGUGGAAUGGAAGAAUUGCUAUGUUGGGUUUGAUUGCUUUGGCUUUUACUGAAUAUGUUAAGGGUACAUCCCUUGUGUAAUUGACUUAUAUAGGGAUAUAAUUAAUGUCUAUAGGAUUUUUAUGUAGUUUUUUCUUUGAGGUAUUUCUUCCAUUUUCAAGAGGGAGAGACAAUGUAAUUGUUCUCUCCAUAUACUCUCAAUUUGAACACAAACUAUUGAACAAUCUAUUAUGGAAAUAGAGGUUGUAUUUUGACAUUAUAAA